CUUGAUCAUGCACGUGCGACUAUUAACGGUCGCUUGUUGUUACCCCUCUUAUGAGGCUCGGAUCAUCAAGCUAUGUUUUGCUCUUCCGGCUGAGUAGAAUAACCAGGGAGGUGCGGUUGCCUGUUAGUCCCUUAUGCCGGUUCAGAACAACGUUUCACACCGGACCUCCUUCACUUCCUCUUCGGGAACUCACGAUGCAGUCGAGUCGCAGUGUAACCAGCAGCAGCAGCAGCGGCGGCGGCGGGGGCAGCGGGGGCAGAGCUGAGAAGCAAGGGCCGGGGCUUUGCAACAACACCCAGCCUGUCCCCGCAGAACACGGGGGUCCUCUGGCCGCGAAGGUAGGAGUGGGAAGCACGCUCCUCGUUCAGGAGAGAAACUUGAGGACCCCGAGUCCACUUUUUGCGGCAAACUUUGAUGACGACUCGGAGGCAGAGGCGUUCAAAGAUGGGAGGACGGAGGAGAUCGACCGGGACACCAGGGGCAGGGCGUUCACUUGGUGCCAGGGCUUUCUGUCAGGGUCCUGGAAGACCAUCGAAGAGGGUGAUUUUCAAAUCAGCAUCGUCAGUGGUGGGCUCAGUAAUCUGCUGUACCUCUGCAGUUUGCCUGACCAUAUACCCUCUGUGGGAGAGGAACCUCACCAGGUGCUCCUCAGAGUCUAUGGUGUCAUCUUACAGGGAGUGGACUCACUGGUGUUGGAAAGCGUAAUGUUUGCAAUCCUGGCGGAACGAACUCUCGGACCAAAACUUUACGGCAUCUUUCCUGAAGGACGUUUAGAACAGUACCUUCCGAAUACUCGCAUGCGCACGGAUCAACUGUCAAAUCCAGCCAUAUCAGCUGAGAUUGCCAGCAAGUUGGCACAUUUCCAUGAAAUGAGCAUGCCCUUUAACAAAGAGCCUAAGUGGCUCCUUGGGACCAUCAACAAAUACUUGAAUCAAGUGAUGUCGCUCAAUUUUGUGCGUGAAGCACAUGUGAAGAAGUACACAAGGCUAAUGAAGUUGAACCUACCCGCUGAGCUCGAGAGCCUCUGUGAGUUGCUGGCAGCGACUUCGUCGCCAGUGGUGUUCUGCCACAAUGACGUCCAGGAAGGUAACAUUCUGAUACUGAAAGACGAGGACCACAACUCAACAGAUAAACUCAUGCUGAUCGACUUUGAGUACAGCAGUUACAAUUACAGGGGUUUUGACUUUGGGAACCAUUUCUGUGAGUGGAUGUAUGACUACACCUAUAACCAGUGGCCCUUCUACAAAGCCAGACCAGAGGACUAUCCCACCAGAGAGCAGCAGCUUCAUUUUAUCAGAGGAUAUUUGGCAGAGCAGAGAAGACGCUCUGAAACGAUCAUGGACCAGACACAGAUCGAAGAGGACAUGAUAACUGAAGCCAACAGGUACGCAUUAGCAUCACAUUUCCUCUGGGGGCUGUGGUCCAUCAUUCAAGCGAAGAUAUCAAAGAUUGAGUUUGGGUACAUGGACUAUGCCAUUUGUCGUUUUGAUGCCUACUCCAAGCAAAAAAAGCUCUUCUCCGGAUCUCCACCACGUUGAUACGGAUGUAAUGUCUAUUUGUUCAACUGUUAUGUUAUUACAAUUCCCGUAUUAUGCAACUGUUCUAAUGACAAGUUGAUUUUAACCCAAUGCGGGCAAUCCCCUGAUGAAGUAACUCUCCAUAGUGGGGCUUUUUGUGAGAGCAGGUCCAGCUCUUUAGCAUUGGAUGUUAUCGUUCAUCAUUUGAAAGGCUCGCUCAAUCUGAUGGGCUAUUGUAUGCUAGAAUUCAUGUCUUUAAACUUCCGACUGUAAAUCUUUCUGAUUAGUCAACUAAACCAAUCAUAUUCCAAUUGGUAGUCUUUUGUGUAUCUCUUUCCUUUAGUGUUUUUAAUUAUUAUACCUCAUAUAUCUUUCUUCUGAUGUUCAUUCUGCAUUAGACUUUUUCUUUCAACGUCCAAUAUAGUUAAAAGCUUACCCACAUUCAGCAAAUUGUUCAGGGUGUCUGCGGGGCAUUAAAAAGUCUUAAAAAGU